GCGUCACCAUUCGCGCAUUGAAGGGCGACGCACCUCGAGCACCUCGCCCAAAUUUAACUUCCCCUCCCGGGAAGAAGAAAAGCGGAUACUAGUUCUUUUUAUAUUCCUCUCCCUUUCAUCGCAGAUGAACGUGUGUGUUGGUCACGUUGUGUUUCCGCGUGAAGUUGCACGUGGACGCAGUGCGGACUCGCAAGCAGAGACGACGCACGAACCGGACGCGAAGAGGGCCCGGUUGGACGCCGUCAACGCACAAAGCCGAGUCGCGGUUUACAGCGAUGAAAUCAGCAACGGCGGCAGCAACGCCAGCAUUGCGAUGCACGACGUCGUGACCGUGACGGGGCUGUCGGUGCAGAGUCUCCGUGAUGCGCUGCGCCGCUACGCGCUGGAUGCAGUGGCGCGUGUGUGUGUGUGCAACAGAAGCAGCGGCAGCAGCAGCAGUACCCAGACGAGUACGGUGGCUCUCGAUGCGCUUACAAGGUGGUCGAAAAAGGCGUCUUCGGAAUGGCCGGUCGUGGUGCCGCCAAAGUCCUCCACGUCAUUGUGGGCAACGUGGAGCUUCUGCUUUGUGCCGCAUGCGCUGGAUCGGCACGGUGGCGGCAAGGAAGAGGCGGGUGCUGCUGCGGCGUCUUGUCCUGCGCUGAAGGGACGCAACAACGGUGUGCAUGAAGCAAAGAGGCAACAAAAAGGUUUGAAGACGUCCACUUCGCCAGACAGGACAACGACUGCGUCGCACCGGGCCGUCGUCGAUGACGAGGCCACGCUUCAAGUCCUCGCGGCGAUACCGCUGCCUCGCAAAGUGCGGCUGUUGACCUCCACGGGGUCUGGUGCGUCUGGCUGCGUGACGGCGGUUCUGUCAGAGCGGGUGCCGGUGCAGUUUGAAUCCGGCACCAUCUCCUGCCCCUCUGUUAAUCAGAAACUGUUGUCUCCACCCUCGUCGCGUCCUUCGCAAGAGUUGACGGCGAAGCCGCUCCUCGUGGUCGGCGCCGGCGGCAUCGGCUGCGAGCUGCUGAAGGUGCUCGUGCUGAGCGGCUUCACACACCUCCACCUGAUCGACCUGGACACCAUCGACGCGACGAACUUGAAUCGCCAGUUUCUCUUCCAGCUGCCCGACGUCGGUCACUCGAAGGCGGAGACGGCGCGGCGUGUGGUACUGGAGUGGUUCUCCGCGGACGGCUCGGCGGUCGCCCGUUGCCAUCGGCGAGCAGCACCGCACAUCGUCGCCUACCACGACAACAUCAAAGCGGAGCGCUUCGACGAUGCCUUUUACGCCCAAUUUGCGGCCGUGCUGAACGCGCUGGACAACGUGGCGGCGCGGCAGCACGUGAACCGCCGCUGCAUGCGCAGCGGUGUGCCGCUCAUCGAGAGCGGCACGAUGGGCUACAACGGUCAGGUGCAGCCGAUUGUGAAGGGGGUUUACGAGUGCUACGACUGCCGCCCAAAGCCGCCCGACACGACCACGUUCGCCGUCUGCACGAUUCACGCGCGCCCCACAACGAUGGUGCACUGCGUGCACUACGCGAAGGAGCUGUACGAGGUGUUGUUUGGCAGCACGGCCGGCGACGCAGCGCCGGCAGACAACGGCGAGCUUCAUGGAGCUAUGGGAGCGGGAGCAGAGCAAGAUGGACACGCACGGGAACCCUCGCAGACGCCGGGCAGCGAGGGUGAACUCUCCUACCUUCGCACUCUUGUCUCGGCGUGGCGUGCGGAGCAGCAGGAGUCAGCGCACGGUGUAACGCCCAAGCCGUCCGCCGCACAGCUUGGCGCACAGCUGCUGCGCCAGCUCUUCGUGGACAAGAUCAACGAGCUUCUCUCCCUCAAGUCUGCGUGGUCGACGGAGCCGCCUGUGCCGUUGGACGCCGCAGCGGUGGAGAGCGCGGUCGCUGCGUCGUCUCCAGCUGUCGCGCUGCGGUCCACCUCCGCUGAUGAAAUUUUAUCGCUGCCCGACUGCACGGAGUUGUUUCUACGCGCCGUGCAGGCGUGUCUCGCUCGCCCGCCCGGCGUGGCCUUCAAGAAGGACGACGACGACGCCGUGCGCUUCGUCAGCGCGACGGCAAACCUGCGCGCACACGUCUUUCACAUUCCCGAGCAGCCGUUGGAGGCGGUGCGAAGCAUUGCGGGGUCGAUCGUGCCGGCCAUUGCGACAACGAACGCGAUUAUUGCCGCGGCCGUCGUACACGAGCUCAUUGCCCUGUUGCUGCAGCUGCAACGGUCGGCGACGCCCGCUGCGCCGUACGGAGAGAACACGAAAAAGCAUGGCGAGACACCUGCCGGCGGUGUCGUGGCAGCGCAGACAAACGGCGACGCUGCGGCCCCGCACGUGGUGUACGCGCGCAAGGCUCCGCAGACACGUCGCCGUCGCCUGCCGGUGAUCGGUGGUGGUCAUCACGUCUCCCCGUCCCUCUACACCACGCUCGCCGCACCGAACACCUGUCCGCCUCCGCGGGAGAAACCGCGCUCAGUGAUCGACGCGUAUGUCGUGCACAGCACCUGUCCGAACCCGCCCAACCUUCUCCACUGCCUCGUCUGUCAGGACGUCCACCCGGAGGUGGUCGUGCAGCUGAGCCUGGAGUCCGUCACGCUCGGGCAGCUCGUGCACUCCGUGUUGGAAGACGCGCUCCUUCUCGAGGGCCCGUCCGUGAGCCACGGUGUGACGAUGCUGUACGAGGACGAAGACUACGAAGCCCUGGCGGGCAGCACGCUGGCGGAGCUGCUGCGGCCUUCUGCUGCUGCUGCUGACAAUAUGGCCGCGGAAGAAAGCGGGCUCACCGCACACGCGCGAAGCUGGCCCGCACGUCGUUUCUUCCUCACUGCUGAUGCCUUAAACAAGGACGUUGCGUGGAGCGUGAUCCUCGUGGAUGCGCCGCCGCAGACAACCGGCAGCAGUGCGGCAGGCACGACGACGGCGGACAACAACGUGAAUGCCGCAGCAGAAGAAGAAAAUGGUAACACACGUGAUGACGUUCACUUCACGCUAUCCGGGCUGGAAGAGGCACGAGCCGCGGAACAACACGCGCUGGCCCGUCUUGGCGAGCUGCGUCGACGGCAGCAGGAUGAAGAAGCAGCCGCAAGACACGGAGAAGAAGGAGAAACGAAGCGCGCAGGCGAUCACCGCAGUGCAUCCGCGGUCAACAACUCGGUGCCGCCGGAUGCCUUCGAGGUGAUUGUAUCGGAUGGCGAUGACAGCGAUGUGGCGGAGGUGGUGGGCGGACACAGCGCUGACUCGAGGCCCGCUGCGGUGUUGGAUGUUGAAGACGGUGGGGCGGACGACGCUGUCGUGGUGCUGGACGAUUGA